UUCUAUUCCAAAAGCAAACACACGCGGACCGAUUGUAACGUAUGGUUUUAUCGCAUUCGGAGGGUCUGUUACACCCGAUAUGAGAGACUCGGAUCGACAAACGAUUUCGAUAUCUAACCACUAAUUCGAUCAUAUUUAACGCUAACGCCUUUAGUGAGUUUAUAUCGGGUAAACGUUGAUAAUCGAGUAUCGGACGUCGUCUAAAAAUUAAAAUUAGUGUUCUAUGUGAACUCGAAUAUAAAUUGUGUUAUCAAUUCCCGGUGUUAUUGUUCAGUGAUAUUUUCUCAUGAAACUGUGAUUAUUCUAUUUUAAAUAGAAAUAGGUAAAAACUUUUUAUAAAACAUAUAUAUUCUUUGAGAAAGUGUAUAAAAAAAGCUUCAAGACGUCGUGCAUCGAGGUUUGUGCCAUGGGGUGCACAGUUUCGGCAGAGGAAAGGGCGGCGAUUGCCAGAACGAAACAGAUAGAUGAGUCCCUUAAGGAAGAAAAGCAACGAUCCCGGCGGGAUGUGAAGCUACUGUUAUUGGGUGCUGGAGAAUCGGGGAAGAGUACAAUAGUAAAACAAAUGAAAAUAAUACACGAAAGUGGAUUCACUCCAGAGGACCAUAAACAGUAUAGACCGGUGGUCUACAGCAAUACAAUACAGUCCUUGGUAGCUAUUUUACGAUCAAUGCCGAAUCUCGGAAUAAGUUAUGGAAACAAUGAGAGGGAGAUAGACGGCAAAAUGGUGUUCGAUGUUAUCCAAAGGAUGGAAGACACAGAACCAUUCUCAGAAGAACUUUUAGCUGCAAUGAAACGAUUAUGGACUGAUUCAGGAGUUCAAGAAUGUUUUGGUCGUUCCAACGAGUAUCAGCUCAACGAUUCCGCCAAAUAUUUCUUAGAUGAUUUAGAUCGACUAGGAGCUAAGGACUACCAACCUACAGAACAAGACAUAUUAAGAACAAGGGUGAAAACUACGGGUAUAGUUGAAGUACACUUUUCAUUUAAAAACCUUAAUUUCAAAUUAUUUGAUGUGGGUGGUCAGAGGUCGGAAAGGAAAAAGUGGAUACAUUGUUUUGAAGAUGUAACCGCGAUUAUUUUCUGUGUAGCUAUGAGUGAAUAUGACCAAGUGUUACAUGAAGAUGAAACGACAAACCGUAUGCAAGAAAGCUUAAAACUAUUUGACUCUAUCUGUAACAAUAAAUGGUUCACAGAUACCUCCAUUAUCCUCUUCCUCAACAAAAAAGAUCUUUUUGAAGAAAAAAUUAGGAAAUCGCCUUUAACAAUAUGCUUUCCUGAAUAUGCAGGUGCGCAAGAAUACGGUGAAGCUGCCGCAUACAUUCAAGCACAAUUCGAAGCGAAAAACAAAUCGACUACCAAAGAAAUCUACUGCCAUAUGACAUGCGCCACCGAUACGCAUAACAUUCAAUUCGUCUUUGACGCAGUUACCGACGUUAUCAUCGCGAAUAACCUGCGCAACUGCGGCCUCUACUAAACCACAUUUUGUAAUAUUAUUCCUCCUCUCACAUUGACAAGGUGAUACACCCAAUAUAUAUACACACAUAUAUUUUUAUUUCUGGGACAUUGUGUAUCAGAGAAAUAUAAAUAAACUAAAAAAAAUAUCACUCCUUGAAAGUAACAAGUCAGUUAACAAAGAAACAUUUUAUUUAUACUGGAUAUAGUUAGAGUAGAAAAUACAAACGAAAUUAAUAGUAACUGUUGAUUAUUAUCCUUUAUAUUGCAAAAACUAAAUGUUAUUAACAAGCUUUAUAAUAUGUUUUUUGACCACUAUGUUUAAGAUUUGAAAACAUUUCAGAGGAUAAUUUAUAUAACUGAGAAUAAGAUACUGCAUGCACUUAUUUGAGACAUAGUCCAUUUUCAAUUCCUUUCUUUUGAAAGAAAAAAAUUGUACUGAUUUAUUUAUUGUAAAUUAUCCUCGGUCUAUUACCCAUAUACUUAUUUAAUCCUGAGGCUUUUCUACCUUUUCAGGUGUGAAUCUCCCUUGUCAUCAGCAGAUUCCUAUCCUGUGUUUUUUCUUUUAUUUCCUGCAAUAUUAUUCUUCGUUUUUCCCUUCCAUCUUAAUUUCUUCUGUCUAGUUUCUCCUGUCUUUUUUUUGUUCGUUCUUCAUAUAUCUACUGAAUUAAUUGUUCUUUUCCCAUUUUCAUAACAUGACAAAUCAUUUUAAUUAUUUUCCUUCGAUUUUGUUUUGAUUGUAGAUUGGAAUUUUCUCUUAUAGUUAUUCCUUAUUUUGUCUUAUCUUGAUUUGUUAUUUCUAUUUUUCUUAGAAAUCUCAUUUCUGUCUUUUUUGUUUCUUUGUAAAUGUCCAUGUAUGUGAACCGUAUGUCAAUAUGGGUGUAGCUACGUUUCACAUUUCGUAUUUGUUUUUAUUUGAUUUGAUAUUUCCUUAUUGGCUAAAAACUUAAUCGCAUUAUAAUCAUCGACUUUAUUUUGUUCGUUUAUUUUCAUAUUCAUUAUCUGUUUCUUUAUGAAUAUCCUAUAUUUUAAUGUCUUUUCGUUCUUUUUAUUCUUUUAUCUAACACUAUGGUAAAUAAUAAUGAGAUUAGUCCAUUUGGUGUUUUGAACCUAUUUGAUACCUCUUGCCUAACUCUGACAUAGUUUUUCGUCUGUUCAAAUAAAGCCUCUACUUCUUUUAUUCGUUUUUCUUCUAUACCUUUAUGUCCCCCCCACUCUGUUGAAUGCUUUUUCAAAAUCUAUAAAACAUAGAUGUAUAGUAUUGCUUUUUCAGUUAUUUGCCUACUCAUGAAGUUUGAAUUUUUUUAGUAUGACAAACUGAAAUAUUUUUUUUUUCAAUCAACAAAAGUAUUUAUAAGUGAAGAAAUUAUUUUGAAGUUAGUUUGAAGGAUCUAUCCGAUCUGAUACACAAUGUCCCCCUUUUCUCGAUCACCUCAUAAUCUCCAGCUUUUGAUAAAUCUAGUAUAAUUUUAUUGAAGGGUGGAUAUAGUGGGGUAGCCGUAGAAUUGUACUAAAAGUUGAGUGAGAUGUUUAAAAUGUGUUCUUUUUGUUAUGUGACAUCAGUUGAAGAAUUAUUAGAUUGUAAGUGAAAAUGUUCAAUAUACAGAAGCGAAAGAAUAAUUUUAUUUACUUAUUGGAAUUAGGUUUAUUACAUGGCUGAAGUAGGAAAUCAUUUUUAUUCAUUUAGUAUGAUUAUAACCAAAUUAUUGUUGUACAAAGUACUUUAGAAACAUUGGAACAAAAUUAUUACAGGUGCCUGGAUAUUAUACAGACUAUAAACAACAUCACUUUCAAACUUCUAGGAUUUGUAGUCUGUAAAAGCCAAAGGAGUGUUGGCGAUGUUUUAUAAUUUCGCGACAACUUUGGACUACAUAAAACCUCUUUCCAUUAAAAAUAUUUUCUUCUCCAAAUUACAAAAUUUUUAGGAAAAUUCACAAUUGGAAAAGUUUGACUGUUACCAAAUAUUUAUCAAACAAUGUAUUUCCAGCUGUAAUAUUAACAAUUAUUUUUUUGAAACAUACAAAUAAUAUAUAUUACGAGUUCUGGGGGUUAAGUUAAUGAUGAUUUUGCAUUUUACCCAAAAUUAAAUAUAUAUUAAUUUUAAUAUACGAAAGUAAAAGUUUGGUUUAUGCAGUCAAAAUUAAAUUUAAACUUAAACUAAACAUUCGUGGUGGUAAUUUUUCAGUUUAUGCAGUAAAUUAAGGAUAAUUAUAAAUUACUGGUAAACCAAUAGAACUUCCCUGUAUGUGUCCUUUUUGUUAUACAAAUGUGGAAAGCUCUUCUUCAGUAUUCAUCUAAAUGAUAUUGCUGACUUUUAUACAAUGCUUUUUCCUAUUUUUUUAUAUCAGUUUUAAAAAUAAAACACCACUGAGAAAAUUGGCGCAAUAACGCGAAUAAUAUUUCCAUAACCAAGGACCAAGAAUGCUGUAAGCAAAACAAUACCACCGAUACAGACUGACCGAAGGUUUGUUCUAGUUCUAAAGUCAGUUCAGCCAGUGGAGUGCACUAAGUGUAAUAUCGAAACUGUGGCACUACAUCUUCAUAGAAUGAAUGUAAAAUAUAAAAAAGUAAAUCAUUUUCCAUUAUUGUUUAUACCGCAAGGCAUGAGUCACAUCAAAUAACCUCAAAUACAACAAUCAACAAAUGCUCUAUUGCUCUCUGCACUAUAUCGUUCUUUGUAUUCGAUUGAACUAACUCUUUACACUCAUGAACUGGCCUGCACUGGUACAGUUCCAGUGCAGCUACCAUUUUGUGUUCGAACAAAAAGUAGCAUUUCAGUGUGUUUCAGCUAGUAAUUUAAUUUGUUAAUUUAAUGGUAAUUUCUAAUUUUAGCUGCAUAAACCAAACUUUAAAGUGAAUGUUACAACAGUAAUCAAAUAAUUGGAGCCUAACCUUUUUCGCAUCUGUCACCGUUCAAUUUAAAUGAGAGCCGAUUGUCUCGAUUUUGAGAAAAACCAGCCAAUACUGGCUGGUGGCGUCCUAAUUUUACAUAUAUUAUUCGAAGAUUUAUGGAAGCAUUAAAUUCGAAAAAUCUUAACUAUAUUUUAAUAUGGAAACCGAUGAUCAUCAACUAAUAUAGUAGUUCUCUAUAUACACGAAAACGUUUAGUAUUUUGAAUUUUUUGACGUCACUGCAUGUUUUUUUUUCUCACUCCACAAUUUCUGUUUGCGAAUUUUAAUUUCAUAUUAAAGCUAAUGUUAAUUAGUUAGCGCUUUCUAAACUUUUUUAUUUAUUGAUAAUCUUAUGCUGGUGUUCCAUUGUACUAUAAUUGUACUUUAUAACAAAAAGGCAGAUAAAUUGGAGGAAUUGUUAGAUAUAACUGAUGAAAAGUAUUAAAAGUAAACAGCUAAUAAUUCCAAUCUAAAAUUAAGUUAUCAAUUUUAGAUAACUCAAGCAUUUUGUCCUUUUUUUGGUAAAAUAACACGUUCUAAAUUCUCAUUACUGUUUCCUUAUUUAUUACGAAAACAGUUCAUUACAUGAAUUAAAAAUUAACAGCUCUAGUACACUCUAGAACCUUUAACUGUUUUCUUCUUUUUUAUUAUCAUUUAAAACUGAAGUUUCAACAAUCAUAUUUGGCUGUACGUCGUUUGACAAAAGGCUAACAAAGGAGAAGUCAACAAUCAUGGAUCUGUCUAAACUUACAGUAUUUUUGCAAAACAGACAAAAUUACGAAAAUAUACUUCUUCAAUUUGAGGUGAUUGAAAACCAAUCAACUUUUUUCAUCUCGAUAUUUCAAAUCUAAAAUUAUCACAAAAAAAAGAAAAAUAGUCAAAGACAAUUAUUUAAAAACAAUAUUUAAAUCAAAUAUUCAGGACAGGGAAGUCACGCUGACAUAACUUGUAAAUACCAAAUUUCUUAACAUUGAUCGAGUUUUUCUGGGUGAGUAGAUCUGCAUUGGUGAAAACAAUCUUAUAAUAUUUCAAGAUUAGGAGCUAGGUGUAGAUUCAUCUAAUUCAAGCCAGAUAAAUCGGGUCUUUUCAAAAAUCUAGAUUAUACAAUUUUCUUGAUACUGUCUUAAAAAUUAAGAAAGGAAAUUGUACUGAAUCGUUAAUAAAAUUAUUGUUUAGCUUCUGUUAUUUUGACGUUUUCCAUAACCGGAAAAUUGAUUAGCUUUUUGCUAAAUUAUAUAAUGGGAGGUCUAUAAACUUUUCGAACUAAUUAUGUCAAAAGAGUUCAUACAAUUUUAAUGUUUUUUAUCAAAAUGAAUGCACAAUAUGUUGAAAAUAUGCGCACAUUCGUACCGCUGAAUUUAUCAACAUUGUACAAACGAAACACAUUUAAAUCUUUAUUUAGUUUUGUCGAAGAAAAAUAUAAUUUCGUCAAACAUUACUUUUAUGUUGAGGUAUUUGUGCCAUUAAGAGAAAUUGCAUUUAUUCCAAUUAGAUCGCAUAACUUUCUUAAACCACAAUAGUAUACAUUUAAUGGUUAACAUUGUAUGUGUCGCAGAAUUUUUUACAAUCUUACAGACAUUAACUAAAGUAUGGAGAUGAUUAUAAAUUAGUCUCUGGUCAUCUGACACAUUCCGUUCAUAUCUAAACUUCAAUAGUUGAUUUUACAUUUAUAUUAUAAAAUAUCAAAAGUAGACAGACACAUAAUUGUUUUUUUUAUAGAUCAUGUUGAAGAAAAUUCGUUUCACUGUGGAAUAUUGGGGUGGUACAGUGAAAUAGCAUAAAAUAAAAAUUUGAAAAAUUGGUUUUUAUUUAUCAUAAAAUCAAAAAUGAACAAAAUGUAAAGAAAACUCACAAACUAGAACUCGAAAAGUGUUAAUACUUACUAGGUAAAAAAGUAUAUAGCGUCUUAAAAACUACAGCUAUUAGUUGACAAAAGAAACUACAACCUAUUUAAUGAAAAAUAAAUCGCUAAUUGACCAAAUACACUAAAAUCUAUUUUCUAAACUAUCGUUUAUUAAGUAAAUCAUCGAAAUUUUAACGUUAACGAACUUCUGUGUUGCUGAAGAUAAUUUCAAAUGAAAUCAAAUCGAUUUGUCUUUUGUUCUGCCCUGCUUAUUGGGCUUCAAUUAAUUUGUUGGCCCUUUUGGUGUAUCUUCUAUAAAAUUUAACCUCAAUAUCUUGUGCUUUCUCGCAGGGACCUUCCAACACUAUCGUAACGUAGUAAUCUUUUUUUGUUAUUCUAAAUUGCUCCAAAACAAAA